UCUCGCAUCUUGUUGGUCGUGGUGGUCAUUCGCGUGGGCAGGCAGUCACUAGAAUGAGUUCAGCUGGAGCAGUAGUACCAUUAGCAGCAGGUGAUGCAUCAUUAGGUGGUGAAACUAUACAAAUGCAUCGCUCUAGCUCGAUGCCAGUGAAGCCCAAGCCCUUGGAAUCGAAACCAUUGGCACGCUCAUUGGAAAAGGAAACGGUCAAUGAGGUGGACUACUAUCCAGAGAGUCCUGGCUUUCGACGACGACGUCAUAAAUCCAAUCAAUUGGAAACGCGUAGUGAACAAAACUUUCCCUAUACAAAUGACUGGGCUGGUAGCACCAUUGAAUUAGCCCCUGAUGUUGCUGGUCCAUCCGGAGCUCCAGUCGAUUCGGAUGGCCUGCGUCGUAGUAUGCAUCGGGUUAUGGAGAAAAAUGGUCGUGAAAAUGUUGUCUUUCGCCGUAUACCAGAGAAAUCCUGGCGUUAUAUGCGUGAUGUUAUCACCACUCUGGUUGAAACGGAUUGGAAAUAUAUGCUGACCUUAUUCUUGGGAAGCUAUUUUGCCAGUUGGAUAUUUUUUGCCAUACUUUGUUAUGUUGUGGCUUAUUAUCAUGGGGAUUUCCUUUUCGAUACGAUAAACGGCGAUCGUUUGGGUGAGGGCAAAGAUCCUUGUAUCUUUGGGGUACGGACUUUUGUGGCCAUGCUGAUCUAUUCGAUUGAGACACAAACCACAUUGGGUUUCGGUGAGAAAUACGCCAGCGAGGAAUGCCCCGAAACAAUAUUUCUAUUCGUCAUGCAAAUGCUGUGCGCCGUGGCCAUUGAGGGAAGUAUGGUGAGUGUUAUCUAUGCCAAGACGGCACGGCCAGCCAAACAGAUGACGAAGCUCAAGUUCAGUGAUAAGGCAGUGAUUUGUUAUCGUGAUGGUAAAUUAUGUUUACUAUUCCGUGUCUGUGAUCCCAGGGAACAGCAAACAAUCGAGUCCAAGAUUCGAGUCUAUAUGAUUGUCGAUAAAAAAACCAUUGAGGGUGAAGUUAUUAAAACCCAUACAGAACUUAAAUUGGAAGGUAAUGGCGAGCAGUUGAUAGUUUGGCCCGAUCUGGUGUGUCAUUAUAUUGACGAAUCGAGUCCUUUGUAUCAUUUCAAGAAUGCAAAACAAUUCAAUGCUGGUCAAUUUGAGUUAUAUGUAUCCAUUGUGGGCACUUCACCGGCUACAGCUCAAAUGACCGAGGCGAAAACUUCCUUUGUUCCACGUGAAAUCUUUUGGGGUCAACGUUUUGUCAAUAUCAUCCAUUAUGAUGCCCUACAAGAGCACUAUAUGGUGGAUUAUGAGAAUUUCAAUACAACCAUUUCGGUUGACAUGCCCAUGAAGAUCACACAGCAAAUUGAAUUGCCCAAAAACAUUGAAAACCCAAAAUUGGAAUCGAAAAAAUGAAAUCAAAACGAAAAUUUAUUGUUUUUACUAUUAAUAGAAAAGUGCAUAAAUAAAGUUAUUGAUAAAUAUUUAA